GGAAUGUGGCGCGAGAGGCCCAGACAACGCUGUGUACAUAUGAACUUCUCUGUGGAAAAAAGCAGUAACUAGUUGUCUUUCGUCCUUUUAUCUGGGAAAUUUUCCUUUUUGUGACUACAAAUCGGCAGGAAGCACCGCUCAUCAAGGAGAAAAUGCCUCGUAGACGACAGAGACAUAUGGCUGGGAGUGGCUCAGAUGGAACUGAAGACUCUGACUCCUCCGCUGAGAGAGAACAGACCAACAGUUCAGAAAGCGAUGGGAACAUUCCAAAGAGACAGCGCCUUACCAGAGCCUCCACUCGCCUUAGCCAAAGUUCUCAGGAUACACCAGACUUGAAGCGGGCUGUGGACCACGAUGAAUCUCCACCACUGACACCCACAGGAAAUGCCCCCUCCUCUGAAUCUGAGCUGGACAUCUCUAGCCCCAAUGCCUCCCAUGACGAAAGCCAGGCCAAAGAUCAAGCCAACAGAGACUCAGAUAAGGACCUCUCCCAUCGACCCAAGCGCCGUCGCUGUCACGAGACCUACAACUUCAACAUGAAAUGCCCUACGCCAGGAUGCAAUUCACUUGGCCACCUCACAGGAAAACAUGAACGUCAUUUUGCUGUAUCAGGUUGCCCGCUUUACCACAAUCUCUCUGCUGAUGAAUGCAAAGUGAAAGCCGUCAGCCGUGAGAAACAAGAGGAGGAGAUGAAGGUGCAGGAGGAAAGCAACUCACGCCAUGCAACCCGUCACCAGACACCGACAUCAAAACAGAGCAAAUACAAAGAGCAGGUUGCUGAGAUGAGGAAGGGGCGAAACUCUGGACUUCAGAAAGAGCAGAAAGAAAAGCACAUGGAGCAUCGGCAGACACACGGGAACACCAGAGAGCCUCUGCUGGAGAACAUCACCAGUGAUUAUGACCUGGAGCUCUUCAGAAAGGCCCAGGCCCGUGCAUCUGAAGAUCUGGAGAAGCUGCGUAUCCAGGGUCAGAUCACAGAAGGCAGCAACAUGAUCAAGACCAUCCUGUUUGGCCGCUAUGAGCUGGACACCUGGUACCACUCGCCCUAUCCCGAGGAGUACGCACGCCUGGGCCGCCUCUACGUCUGCGAGUUCUGCCUCAAGUACAUGAAGAGCCAGACCAUUCUCAGGCGACACAUGGCCAAGUGUGUGUGGAAGCAUCCUCCAGGAGAUGAAGUGUACAGAAAGGGGGCUAUAUCUGUGUUUGAAGUUGACGGCAAAAAGAAUAAGAUCUACUGCCAGAACCUGUGUUUACUCGCUAAACUUUUCUUGGACCAUAAAACCCUGUACUACGACGUGGAGCCUUUUCUCUUCUACGUCAUGACUGAGGCUGACAACACCGGCUGCCAUUUAGUGGGAUACUUUUCCAAGGAGAAGAAUUCUUUCCUCAACUACAAUGUGUCCUGUAUCCUGACGAUGCCGCAGUACAUGAGGCAGGGCUUUGGCAAGAUGCUCAUUGACUUCAGCUACCUGCUGUCCAAAGUGGAGGAGAAGGUGGGCUCACCGGAGAGGCCUCUCUCUGAUCUGGGCCUCAUCAGCUACCGUAGCUACUGGAAGGAAGUGUUACUGCGAUACAUGUACAAUUUCCAAGGCAAGGAGAUCUCUAUCAAAGAGAUCAGUCAGGAAACUGCUGUAAAUCCAGUGGACAUUGUGAGCACCCUGCAGUCUCUACAGAUGCUGAAGUAUUGGAAGGGAAAGCAUUUGGUGUUGAAGCGACAGGACCUGAUCGAUGAGUGGAAAGCGAAGGAGAUUAAGCGAGGCAACAGCAAUAAAACCAUCGACCCGAGCUCGCUAAAAUGGACCCCUCCCAAAGGGACAUAAGCACUAAGAUUCUCAGGCUACUGAGUAAACUCACCUCCAGCCUCACCAGCCACAAGUAGCCUCGACCUGCAAGCUGUCAAUAAAGACCAGUGUUUGUUCUUUCUUUCAUAUUUUUCCAUGCUUAUUUGUGUCCCCAAACUUUUUUUUUUUUACUUUUGUAUUUUAUUUUUCCUUUAUAUUUUUAAAGCUGUACGUUCCAAGCCCAAUGAAUCUUGACUUAAACAUUGUCAGGCAAUUAACAAUAGAGAAUCUGUUUGUCCUUUUGGUUUUAAAACCAACUACGUAUACUAAGCUUUGAAUGUUAAAUGAUAAGUGGUCCAGUGUGGUGGAUAACAUGAAUGUUUUUGCUUUGCUCAUGCAAAAAAAACAAAAACAAAAAAAAAAACAAAUGCAUUUGGCAGCAUUUACAGGAUUUUAAUUUCAUUCAAGAAGUGUGCAUUUGAAGAUGGUAGCUGUUUUUGUUUGGGAUUAAUACAGUAAUUGUUAGCAUGAAUUGAAAACUGUAAGCAGAGUGUUUUUUGAGGAGUAAGAUGUAUGGUUACACCUUCUUUGGUUAGUGUAAAAUUGUAUAGAUCAUUAUAAUAUGUAAUUCUUUUCUCUAGCUCCAUCAGUACAGGAUUUGGACCCAUUCCUCUGAUGACCCUGCAAAAUAAAGGAAAAAGAAAU